AUGUUCACUGCCACUCAAAGAACUCAGCCAAUCCUACUAUCAACAUUACUCAUCAGUGUCGCAUCAGUCGACCACCAGAAACAUACUCUACGAGCACUAUUGGAUACGGGAUCUCAGGUCAGUUUUAUCACGAAGCAGUGUGCAGAUCGCCUAUCUUUGACCCGCCGACGUUGUACCUCAAAAAUCAGCGUGUUCUCAGGCACACCGGUUAACGUGGUGUCCGGCAUGACCACAAUCACAAUGCCACCAGUAAACCAAUCUGAAUUAUCCAUUCCUCUCGAUGUUCUUAUUGUACCAAAGAUCACAGAUGUCACACCUCAAGAAACUAUUCAAGCAACAUCGUGGCCUCACAUAAAUCAACUGGAUCUGGCAGAUCCAACCUUCCAGACUUCAGGACAAGUUGAUAUCCUGCUCGGCGCAGACGUCGCACCAGCUAUAUUCACCGGUGACCGAAUUGCUGGUCAUCGACAUCAUCCAACGGCAUUUGGAACUGUAUUUGGAUGGGUUUUGAUGGGACCAGCUGCUGCAAUGACACCCAAGUCAGUCACGUCAAUGUUAGUCACCUCUGAGUCGACACUUGAACAGUCCCUGUCAAAAUUCUGGGAGUUGGAGGAGCCACCCCAUAUACACCAUUUGAGCCCAGAUGAAAUCCACGCAGAAAGAAUAUUCACGUGCUCAGUGAAACGUCUGGCCUCUGGUCGAUUUAGCAUUGCGCUAUCAAUGAAACAUCCUCGCCCAAUCCUUGGAGAUUCUCGGAGCAUGGCUCAAACGCAAUUUCGGUACUUGGAACGCCGAUUGUCGCAAAAUGAAGAGCUUUCCCAACAAUAUAAGGAGUUUAUGAGAGAUUACCUUGUGAGUCAACAUAAAGAGGUAGUCCCGACGAAUCAAAAAAUGACUCCAUAUUGCUACUACAUCCCACACCACUGCAUCAUGCAUCCUGAGAGUAAGACAACUAAACUCCGAGUCGUCUUUGAUGCAUCUGCUGUGACCACCACGGGACAAUCACUCAAUACCAACUUAUACACAGGUCGCAAGCUUCAACAGGACUUACCACGUAUUCUGAUCCGUGCCCGAGUACACAAGGUUCUGUUUACAGCUGACAUCAAGCAAAUGUAUAGACAAAUUAAAAUCCAUUCUGAAGACCGUGAUUAUUUACGGAUUCUUUGGCGAUUUGAACCUGAUGAACCAAUAACAGAAUACCGUCUCUGUACUGUAACAUAUGGCAGAAGGCUCCGCAUCAAGCAUUGCGAACCUUACAACACCUAG